AUGGCUGUGGUCAGCAAGAUGUCUCGGCCGAGUCGCUUGUCUUUAGUGGCAGGAGCAUCUGCUGCUGCCCUCAUGGCCGUCCCUGGUUUUGUGACCCCGGGUGAUGUCCCACGACAGAUGGAGAUGUCUCAUGGUGGUGCUGCUGCCUCUGCACCCGCUGCUGCGCAUCGCAGCAGGGUGCCCGGCUUGGCCGCUGCCAGCAUUGCGAUGGGGGCCACAGCAGCCUCUGUCUCCCGCCGGCAGGCCCGCAGCCAGAAGUCUGCGGUCAAGGUCAAGAGCUCCGCGCAGGAGCCCGGUCUGCCAGAUUUGGUGGCAAGGGUACAGGAUUUGUUGCAGGCCCCAGAUCAAGGUCGCCUUCGAGACGUGAAGGCCCUCGCGGCGGAGCUCCGGGCCAAGGAUGCCAACGAUGCCAACAGCCCUCUCCGCUGGAUGGCCAACAUUGCAGCAUCGCUGUUACUGACCCAGAGCAUGGCCUUGCAGCCAGCACAUGCGGGGGAUGUGGUGAACUAUUCCGAUUUCAUGGAGUCCAUCAACAAGGGAGAAGUUGAGAUGGUGCGCGUGCAGCAAGACAUGCUGUCGGCGCAGUACACCACUAAGGAUGGCUCUCGGCGUGAAGUGAACCUGAUCCCGAACGCACAGAUUGAGGAUCAGCUCUUCAAUCAACUGGCCGACAAAAAGGUAGAUGUGGUGAUGCAGAAUGCUGGCGCCGGUGGGUCGCCCUUGGACUUCUUGGCGCGCUUCGCUGGGCCCAUCGCGUGGCUCAUCGCCGGGCUUUUGCUGCUCUUUGGUGGCUUGCCCUUUGGAGGACCUGGCGGCCCUGGAGGCCCCGGUGGAAAUCCCUUUGAGCUUGGCAAGUCCAAGGCCCGCAUCAUCAAGGAUGGAGACACGAAAGUGAAGUUCGCAGACGUGGCAGGCUGCGACGGAGCAAAGACGGAGUUGGUUGAGGUGGUUGACUUCUUGAAGAACACCUCCAGGUAUUCGGAGCUCGGCGCCAAGAUCCCAAAGGGAGCCUUGCUGGUUGGGCCACCCGGAACUGGAAAGACCUUGCUUGCAAAGGCGGUGGCAGGGGAGGCCGGCGUGCCCUUUUUCAGCAUCUCCGCGUCUGAGUUUGUUGAGAUCUUUGCGGGUAUCGGUGCCUCUCGCGUGCGAGACCUCUUCGAGCAGGCGAAGAAGUCGGCGCCGUGCAUCAUUUUCAUUGAUGAGAUCGAUGCCGUGGGGCGGCAGCGAAGCGCCGGCUUCGGCCAAGGAAACGAUGAGCGUGAGCAGACGGUGAAUCAGCUCCUGACGGAGAUGGAUGGUUUCGAAAGCAACAAGGGUGUGGUGGUCAUUGCCGCCACGAACCGUGCAGACAUUCUGGACCAGGCCCUUGUUCGUCCUGGCCGAUUUGAUCGUCAGAUCCAGGUUGAUCCUCCUGAUGUGCAGGGUCGCGUUGAGAUCCUCAAGGUGCAUGCAAAGGACAAGAACCUGGCACCAGGCGUCGACCUCUCUGCCAUCGCCCGACAGACUCCUGGGAUGUCAGGAGCGGACCUGGCCAACCUGCUCAAUGAAGGCCGUGUGGAUUUGGAAAGCUUUCUGGAUGCUGUAAUGUCUGAGCAGAAGAAGAAGCUGGUCGCCUACCACGAAGCCGGCCAUGCCAUCUUGGGUGCUUUGAUGAGCCAUGCCAGCCAUGGCUUCACGAAACUGGUAAAGGUCAUGUGGUUCACUACACCUACCUACACAUCAGAGGAACGUUGGGAAAAAGAGGAGAACGACUACGACAUCGUGUCCAAGAUCAGUAUUGUCCCCCGUGGGCCCGCGGGUGGCGUGACCAUUUUCAUGCCUUCGGAGGAGCGCUUGAACUCAGGCCUGUACUCCAAGGAGUUCCUGGAGAAUCGCAUGUGCGUGGCUUUGGGUGGCCGAUUGGCUGAGGAGAUAAUCAACGGGAAGGACAAUGUGACCACAGGUGCCUCUAAUGACUUUCAGCAGUGCACGCAGGUGGCCAAGCAAAUGGUCAUGCAGCUGGGCAUGUCCCCCGAGAUUGGCCAGCGCUUGCUGGGAGGACAGCAGCAGGGAGGUCCCUUCAUGGGUCGUGACUUCAUGGGCCAAGGAGCUCCUCCUAUCUCCCAGGCUCUAAAGCAGAAGGUGGACGACGAGGUGAAGCGCAUUGUGGACGAACAGUACCAGCGCGGAAUGAAGUUGUUGCGAGACAACAUGUUCCUCUUGGACGAAUUGGCAAAAAUGCUCAUGGAGGAGGAGAAAGUCUCAGGUGAUGCACUCUUGAAGUUGAUCAACAAGGCUGCAGCAGAAGGUAAGCUGGUGAUGGCUAACAGCAAGAUGGCAGUUGCUGCCUACGCGGGUGAGGUGGUUGAGACCACUGCUGACGGCACUCUCAACGCCAAGAGCAAGUGUGUGCAUUUCGGCCAGAGUUUCAGAUUGAUCUCCCGACCCGAGAUCAGGCACCCUGACAAGCCCAUGAUGUUCGCUUGCGCCGACUGCCCUCGCCGUGGCUUCGCCGGCUCAUGCGCACCAACGGGCCGCAAGGGCGUGUCGCGGGGUGCUGUGGCGCGGCUGGGGCUGUCAACGGAGGCAGCGGAGCGCGGCAGCCAAGAGGCUUGCACCAGUGAAGAGGUGAUCCGUAGAGUGGAGGAGAUGGCCGCAGAUGUCUCGAACGGCUCUGCUUUGCCGAGCCACGUGGUGCAAUCUGCUGCUUCCCAGGCUUUGGUUGCACUUGCUGCAAUGGCUGCCCCUCUGCCGGCCUUGGCCGAUGAUGUGCCUCCAUUGCAAGCGAUGAAUGCCCCGCAGAUGCAGCAGCAACAGCAGGAGCCCGGAUCCCCCUUGCGCGUCAGUGGCCGCGUCACCUACUCCCGCUUGUUGGAGUUCGUCGACGAGGGCUCCGUGAAGCGCGUGGACUUCUAUGACCAAGGCCGCACAGCGGUGGCCUUGGUGAUGAUCGCAGGACGAGAGCAGCAGCUGGUGUGCGACCUGCCAGGAGCCACCACCGGAUUGAUCGAGAAGCUCGUGUCUAAGAACAUCAUGAUUGAGGUGCAUCAGCCGGACAAGCCCAACCCACUGCUGGGAGUGCUGGGAGACGUGGCCUUUCCAUUGCUGGUCAUCGCUGGUUUGCUUUUCCUGCGCUCCAGGGCGCCUGGAGGUGGAGGAAUCCCAGGCUUCGGGGACCAGGGCCGUGCGAAGAUCAUGAUCACCCCAGAGACCGGAGUGAAGUUUGAGAACGUGGCCGGCAUUGACGAGGCUUGCGGGGUCGAGUUCCCACUGAGUGAGGCGAAGGAGGAGCUAAUGGAGAUUGUCGACUUCUUGAAGGCCCCAGAGCGCUUCGUCAAGGUUGGUGCGAAGAUCCCUCGUGGCGUGCUGCUCACGGGGCCUCCGGGCACCGGAAAGACCUUGAUGGCCAAAGCGUUGGCAGGUGAGUCUGGUGUGCCUUUCAUCCAGUCUUCUGCCUCCGAGUUCAUCGAGCUCUUUGUCGGUGUCGGUGCUUCCCGCGUGCGUGAUAUCUUCAAGCAAGCCAAGGAGAAGGCGCCUUGCAUCGUUUUCAUUGAUGAGAUCGAUGCCAUUGGCCGUCAGCGAGGUGCAGGCAUGGGAGGAGGCAAUGAUGAGCGGGAGCAGACUCUGAAUCAGAUCUUGACAGAGAUGGAUGGCUUUGAAGGCAACAGCGGUGUCAUCGUGGUUGCGGCCACCAACAGAUCUGACAUCCUCGACAACGCCCUGCUUCGCCCAGGACGUUUCGACCGCCGCGUGGCGGUGGGCUUGCCCGAUGUGAAGGGCCGCGAGCAGAUCCUGGAGGUGCACAUCCGCAACAAGAAGUUGGAGGAGAACAUCACCCUCACAGAGAUUGCUCAGCGCACAGCCGGCUUCAGUGGUGCUGACUUGGAGAAUCUCAUGAACGAGUCAGCGAUUUUGGCUGCUCGCCGCAACAAGAAAGCCAUCUCUAUGGCUGAGAUCAAUGAUGCCACUGACCGAGUGAUCGCAGGCUUGGAGGGACGUGCUUUGGCCGACAAUUCCUCCAAGAAGCUCAUCGCCUACCACGAAGCAGGCCAUGCCAUCGUUGGAACACUCUUACCGUACCACGAUGCGGUCAACAAGGUGACGGUGAUCCCUCGCGGUCAAGCGAAAGGCCUCACCUGGUUUACGCCAGGGGAGGACCAGAGCCUCAUCUCUGCUGCCAUGCUGAAGGCACGGAUCGCGGGAGCCUUGGGCGGCCGUGCUGCCGAGCAGUUGGUCUUUGGCACCAACCAGGUGACCACAGGUGCUGGUGGUGAUUUACAACAGGUGGAGCGCAUGGCUCGCGCAAUGGUCACGCAGUUCGGCAUGUCUGACGUUGGUUCCAUUGCCAUCGACGAUGGAGGCUUUAUGGGGCCUAACUAUUCAGAGGAUUUGAACCAAAAGAUCGACAAGGCGAUCAAGGCCUCAGGGGUACUCUGGUGGUGCCGCAGAAAGGGUGGGGAGAGCCAGAGGAUGUGGGACAUGCACGACCGCAGUUGUGCCAUUGUUCUGAAGAUUGGGUGCGGUCUCGGGAAAGAUCUCCAGUUUGAGAGGUUGACCAUCCUGAAUAACAACCGCGCCUGUCUGGACCGUGUGGCGGAUGAGCUCUGUGAGAAUGAGACGAUUUCAGGAGACCGUCUCCGUGAGCUCGUGGCCCAGUACACCGAGGUCCCUGAGAAGCUGGCGGCGGUGUGA